GUCAGGAUCCCGGAAGAACCUUCGUGUUGUUUCUAGAAGGGAGCUGGGAGACGUGGGGAGUUUCUGUUGUUUAGGAAGAAUUCCGCCAUAAAUGGAGGGCGAGUCUGCGACGUUGGCCGCGAUGGCCGAGUCAUUAAAAGUCUCGGAUGCGGGAGGUCAACCGGAUGGCCAGAGCGCUAGCAAUCAGGAUGAGGACUGUUUUUAUGACUGUGAGGAGGCCUUUCAUACAGAAAGAACAUCACUGGCUACAAAUCAAACAGAGACGACACACAGUGAAGGGACCGAGAAUGAAUCACAGACAGAGUCCAUUAGAAAUCCUGACACAGGUGAAGAGUCGGCACAGGCGUCUAAUCAUUUUGGAAGUAAUGCUGCUGCAAUGAGACAUGAGCCACUGGAGGAAGAUACAGCGCAGGAAGAAAGACCUUAUGAAGGGAUCGCAGAGGAAGAUGAAACGAGGACGGACUCGGACUCGGAAUUCAGGGAAGAGGCAGCAAAGCCUAGUGAGUAUGAUGACGAUUACUUACAAGAAGCAGAGAAGAACCUGACGGAGGAAGAGAAAGAGAGUAGAAAAGUAGAGAGUACAGCACUGAAAGAAAAGGGCAAUGCACAGUUCAAGAAUCGGGAGUAUGCAGAGGCUCAGAAAUCGUAUAACGCCGCGCUGGCAGUCUGUCCUGUUUGUUACAGCAAUGAGAGGUCUAUCCUCUUCUCGAAUCGAGCAGCUGCACGCAUUUACCUGGAAGAAAAAUUAGAUGCCAUCAGUGACUGUACUAAAGCUAUAGAGCUGGACCCAAACUAUCUACGCCCCGUUCUGAGAAGAGCAGACCUGUACGAGCAGACAGAGAAGCUUGAUGAAGCUCUGGAGGACUACAAAGCUGUGCUGGAGAAAGACCCAGGCAACUCGACAGCAAGAGAAGCCUGCUGUAGAUUACCACGGCAGAUCGAGGAGCGAAAUGAAAAACUGAAAGAAGAGAUGAUGGGUAAACUGAAGGAUUUGGGCAACAUGAUUUUGCGUCCUUUCGGCCUCUCCACUGCCAAUUUCCAGGUCAACCAGGACAACAACACAGGCUCCUACUCUGUUAACUUUGUUCAGAAUCCUAACAACAACAACAGAUAGCAGCAUGUAGAAUAUUUCAGAAUAAUGUGGGCAUGUUUGUCAGUGUGUUGUGGUGUAACACUAUAAUCCUGUUUAAGUUUUAAGUAAAAAUUAAUCUGAACGAUCA